GAUCAUUCCACUGGCGAUGUCAAGAGCCAGCAGGAGUCUCGCAGCGGCGAUGUGGUCCAAGGUGCCUACUCCUUGAUCGAAGCCGACGGCACGCGUCGUAUUGUGGAGUACACAGCCGAUCCUGUUCAUGGUUUCAAUGCCGUAGUGCGUCGCGAAGGCGCCGUGGUUAAGGCUGUGGCUCCGGUGGCCAAGGUCCUGGCUCCUGCUCCGCUCCUGCACGCUCCAUUGGUGGCCAAGUUGCCCGCCUAUGCGCCUGCUUUGGCUCCUGCUUAUCACGCUCCCGCUUACGCUCCUGCUCUGGCUCCUGCCUAUCAUGGACCUACCGGCUACUCUCCGCUGGCCUAUCACUAAGUCAAAGAAAUCCUGUGAAGAACACUGCAUCCGAAUCACAAUUACAACCACAACGUUGCCGACCUCUUGCCAAGCGCCGAAUCACGUAACUUCUCCUUGAAUUGGCCGAAGCGAAUAAAAUGGAUUUGCUUUUGGCCUAUCGAUAGUCGAUAGUUGUAGUAUUAGUUGAAAUGAAAGAGCGAUUUAUCGAUAAUACUCUACAUGUACAUACACAUACAUACUUUGGGGAAUCCUCCCCGGAUCUACACUCACAUUCGACGCCUUUCAUGUAUAUUUCUUGUCUUCUUAAUCUUAAGGCUGUUUCGACCGCGAUAAAGAAAAUAAACUAUAAAAUCUAUUAAAAUUAAAUAAUCAU